AUAAAAUUGCAUUAUUAAAAUAGGAAGAAUCAGAACCAACAGCUUAGUUUGUGGGCACAUGUUAUGUUAAAUUUCUAAACUUAGAGAAUAUGAUAAUCAUGAAGAAAAUACUUUGCUUGUUUCCGUUCCUUGCCAGCAGAUUUAAAAAGUAAAAGAAGAUGUCCUGCUUCCCUAAAAUUGUUUUCCAAUAUGAAGUUCAAGAAUAUCUCGCCAAAGUGUUCAGAAAUAAUGAGCUUAUCACUGCUUUAGGUGCACAGGAGGCAGAGAAAAAAUACCAAUCUCUGUUAAGUCAUCUAUCUCAUCCACCAGCUUUUACAACUGUAAGAGUAAAUACCCACUUGGCCUCAGUGAAACAUGUGAAAAAAUUGCUGUUUGAAGAGAUCCAGAAGCAAUUUAAAGGACUAUGCGUUCCAGUUCUUGAGCACCCAAAACUUCAGGACAUUUUACUAAUUCCUGUCAUUGGACCCAGGCGAGAUUUAAACAAGCAUGCAUCUGAAGUCAUAGUUGGAGCCCAGUGUGGAUAUGCAGUACUUCGAGGAGCACAUGUUUAUGUCCCUGGAAUUGUGUCUACCUCAAGAUUUGUGAAAGCUGGAGAUCUGGUUUCAGUGUACUCAGAUAUUGAAGGGAAAUGCAAAAGAGGAGCCAAAGAAUUCGAUGGAGUCAAAGUUUUCCUUGGAAAUGGGAUUUCAGAACUCAGCCGCAGUGAAAUCUUCAGUUCAAGUGGCCCAUUGAAGGGCCUGGGCAUAAGAAUGAUAGAGCCAGUCUACCUUAGUCCUUCAUUUGACAAUGUGCUCCCUAGUCAUUUGUUCUUACAGAAUUUACCUUCUGUGGUUGUGAGCCACAUUUUAAAUCCUCAACCAGGAGAGAAAAUUUUGGAUAUGUGUGCUGCACCUGGAGGAAAAACAACCCAUCUUGCAACACUAAUGCAUGAUCAGGGUGAAGUUAUAGCCAUGGACAAGAUAGCUAACAAGGUCAAGAAAAUCAAGCAGAAUGCUGAAUUGCUACAGUUGAAUUGCAUUAAGGCCUUUUGCUAUGAUGGAACAAAGGCCCUUUCAGCAGAGAAGAGAGAGGAUAAACAAGAAGGACCUCCAUUCUUACCAGAGUCAUUUGAUCGAAUUCUUCUUGAUGCUCCAUGUAGUGGAAUGGGACAGAGACCAAACAUGGCUUAUUCCUCAACUUUAAAGGAAGUGACCUCAUAUCAGCCACUACAGCGCAAGCUUUUCACUGUGGCAGUGAAGUUGCUGAAGCCAGGAGGUGUUUUAGUAUAUAGUACAUGUACAAUUACACUUUCUGAAAAUGAGGAGCAAGUUGCUUGGGCCCUGAAAACUUUUCCAUGCCUCCAGCUUCAUCCACAGGAACCUCACAUUGGAGGAGAAGGCAUGAAGGGAGCUGGACUAUCACUUGAUCAGUUGAAGCUGCUGCAGAGAUUUGAUCCAUCUGCUGUGACAUUGCGAGGAAUGGAUAUUAAUUCUUUGCAAGAUUCCACAGAAGAUGACCUGAUUUCUUUGGCAAAUAAAGACUGUAUAGGAUUUUUCAUUGCUAAAUUUAUUAAAUCGAACAGUAAAUAAGGAUUUGGGAAUGCAACCUGAAAAAAUACCUCAGUGAGUCUAAGAACAGUUCAGACGUGAAGUGCCUUUCUUGCUGCUGCAAUGUUACCAAGCCAACGGGCUGACGGCAGGGUUGCUAUGGCAGCACUAAAAUCUGCCAGCUGUUCUGAUGGGAAAGAGCCACAGGUUGCAGCAGAAAAGUCAUGGUUGGGGGAAGGGUAGUAUCAUUUGUAAGUCUCCCUCUGCUUUUGUAGUUACAGCAGGUCAGUGCCUGAAUGACAACUCAGACUGCUGUCUACUCUGGUUUCCCCUUAUCUGGUGCGGCAAGCGUAGGAAGGGAUGUAAAGCUACUUUACAAAAUGCAGACAUAAAAAAAUAGAUGGGAACUAUUACAAUGAAUUUUGGAAAGGGUAGUUUCUAUGGAGGUUUACCAAUAGUUUCCUUAAAUAGUGCUUCUCAAAACACUGCAACAUUUUACAAAGAACUGUUUUAUAAAUUGAUACUUAGAACCUCAUUUCUCUUUUAUUUUAAUACAAGCAAGAUUCUCUGUACACAUAGUAUAUACACAAAAUACGAUUAGGCUUUGUAGCAUGUCUUUUAUAGCAGCAUGAAUAUAUUAAACCAUCUCACUCUGGGAAUGUAAAUAAAUAUUGUUUCAACAUCAAACUUCCCAUGCAUAAACUGUAUUGGUUCUGAAAUAGCCUAUUGGACUGGCUGACAAGUGACAGUUUUAAAGUCAAACAUUUGUAACAGAAGGGGCUACAAUUAUGAUUAAUAUCAAAAGACAGAAAACAAUGCAUAAUACCAUCUGAAAUGUUGCAAAUCACCUUUCAAACAACUAAGGACAUUAACUGUUUAUUGGUUAGAAAGCAUCACCAGCUAAAAUCAUGAAAAUUGAAACUGGGGAAGCAUGCUAAUGAAAACUGCCUUAGUACAUUGCUCAAAGUUUAAAUAAUCUAAAUUUCUUGAAAGAUGUUAGAUGUAUUUGAAAAUUCUGCUUCAGUUCAGUUUGAACAGUAUUUUCAGUCGUGCUGGAACUGACAAUAGCACUAAAGAAGGAAGGCUAAGGACAAGGUAAAACAGAAACUGACAUCUGUGUGUGUUUGGUGCUUUCCUCUCACUCAUCAAUUUCCAGUUUUAAAAAGCAUUAUCUGAAAAAGUCUGUCUUCUCACACAUAACUAUUUGGCUGGAUUAAAAAGAGCAAUAGUUCUUUUAUAAUUUUUCUUUCUACUAUAAGAAGUGCAUUUUGUAUUUCCUUGCAAUCAAAACAAUCUCUAGAAUUCUCUUUUUCGGUAUUUAUAUUUUCCAUAAAUGUUUUGAUACUGUAUGUUUCCUCCUGCUCUUGAAUAAAAACAAAAUAUUUCUUCUGUCCUGCCAAGGUUGACAAGUACAUCCUCUGUAAGGCCUGUCCUAGCAGGAUAGGAAAAUGGAAUUCUUGUCUACUACUUCUCUACUUCUGUUGGUCAUUCCGUACCAUUAAACACACCAUGUGUAAAGAAAUUUUAAGGUCAUUUUCUUUCAUCAAUAGCAGGUGAGAUAUCCUAUUUAGAGUCAUGUAAGAUCAUACUAUAAUCUUUCUACUCUAAAUACGGUGAAAAUAAUUACCUGGGAACAAAAGGAAUGAAUCUUUUUAUUGUAGGAACAUGUUGAAAUCUUUAAUUCAGUGCUAGUAAAAAAGCAUGUUCUUUUUUGCAGAUUAUAGAAAUUUUGUAAACAUUAAUCAGCACACAUAAACUAUAUACUGAAGUCUGUGUAUUCAUAUAAAGUAAGGAAAUUUACCUCCAGUUUCAGUAGCAGGAUUUGUGCAAUGCUGAAUUUGAAGGAAUUAAGAUUGCUGAAUUUUUAGUGGAAUAUUUGUUGAGACAUCUCCCACUUCCUUUAGUUUUGGAUGACAGGCAUUUUAAGGAGGUGACCUCACUUGAUAUUAUAGGAGAAGUUUCUUGGGGGAGAGAAGAAAAUGCAACUAACUUUUAGGUAAUUCCAGUGUAAUUGCAGAGCAGACUUCACCUGAAAAAAUUACUGAUAUAUGAACUUUAGUUAUUAGGGUUGUUUCUGCAAAAGUCAGCUGCUAGCCUUGGAAGAGCACUCAGCAUAUGGGAGGGAUUGGCCUCAGCUGUUUCCCGAGGGCUCUGUCUCUCCUGGGAACGGGGGAGUGGCUUCAUCAGGCAGGUCAGAACAGAAACUCCGUUAAGAUGCUGCAGCCCUUGAAGGAGCCAGCAUCCUUUCUCUCGCUACAGGUGUGGCUAAGUUAGAUGACUAAAGUUGGAUGGAUGCCCUUUUUCUUUCCCAAUCUUACUGUGACUUUAGAAGUGGUAGGAAUUUUUCACUGACACAGUUCUGAAGGAUAGUGUAUAUAUGUUUUAAACAUAUGAUUACUUUCCUGAUAAUCUUUACACGCUGAAUCAUUGUGCUUCACCAGUUGAUGCUGAAGCACAAUGGAAUAUAUUUAUAUAUUUUUAUAUAUAUAUAUAUGAGAUAUUUAUAUAUUAAAUUUAAAAAGUUAUUGUCAUUAUAAUGAAAGAUUAAACCUACAAAAUAGAUAGAUUAGGCAUGCAAUCAGAUCCUGUAGUUAAGAAAGUCUGAAAAGUAGUUUUCUCUAUUUGCAGAAAUAAUGAUUAGCAAUAGUGCCAAAUCUAAAUAUCUGUCUUGGUCAGUAGAAAGAUACUAAAAUAGGCAGCCUCAUAUAUUAUGAAAUUAUAAUACAGCUUUUUCUUGUUUCAGUGUCACAGAAUGCACCAAUUUUUUGGAUCACAGGAUUUCAUAUGCUUCUAAAGGAAUGGGCUGGUGAAGGUGAUCAAUCAAGAAAUUACUUUCGAGUGGGUAGUUUAAAAUAUAAAGAACCUUGUUUUUAUGUUUGAUUGUUCAUGAAUAAAAAGUUUAUGAGAAAAUCCAAUUUUCUACUGCUAGAAUUCAUUGCAGAGUAGGUAUGCAUGACAGAUAAAAGUGGCAAGAAUAAAGGAAGAAAUGAGAAUAUGGAUGAGUUAAAAGAACCUGCUUAAUCUCUAUUAUAUUUGAUAUAAACCUUUUCUGGGGCUGCGUAGGAAUACAUUUCUAGGGUGGUAAGUUAUAAAAAGAAACUGUCUAUAAAACUACUGUAAGCUCAUAUGUAAUAGUUUGUUAUAUAAAAGUGGGGAAAUAAAUUACAGACAAAUUGCCAAGCAAUAAAAUUGACUGAAUAACAUUUGAUUAAAAACAUUCACAGUAAAAAUGGCAUCCACAUAUUUUACAGAUGAUAGAAUAAUUAUGAUUUUGGUGAAAGAUCUGCAUAAAGUAAUAAAUAUAAGUAAAUGUACACCAGAAAUGCUGUAUUACAUUCUGAAAAAUAACUUCUCUGUUUGGACUUUGUAAUAAAGUUUUUUGCAAUGUGCUGAAUUUUUAUGGAUGGAAUAGAAUUAAAGUAAAAAACAUUUGGAAAA